CUUCGUCCACUCACUCGCCCAGUCCUAAACAGCACUGAAUCAUUCACGACUUCCGCACCGCCUCGCCUCGUCCAAGCUUCGGAAGUUUCCCUCAAACUCUCUGCCUUUCUGCCCCGCUUUCAGACGACGACCACCACCACCACCACAACAACGACAACACUUCAAUCACAACAGAACAGAAACACUUUGAGCUCGCUGCAAAGCACCAUCUCGUCCCACUCUCCCAACGGCAUCGCACACGUCGCUUUGAUUCGCCCUUCAGUUUUCACAGGCCAAUCAAGUCCCAGCCGUCGACCCCGAAUCGGAUUCCUCGCAGCCUCUCCCACAAAAGACGUCGCUUGACUUCGAGGCAUACAGGCAAAAUCAAACGACUGAGAACGUCCUUGGUGCUCCCACACGCAACGAGCCUCCUCGCGACCCCAUCCCCAUCCACCGCCGUCUCAUCUUUGCCCCACGACCGCUCGCGACAGGCCUCCGCCUCCGCCUACAAAGCUACAUCUGUCUGGCUCUGCUCACCGUCAACAGACCGAAAAACAAAAGAGAAAGAGGGGAUUCCCACCCACAACUAGUGCUCCUCUCCCCUUGUCAACCACUUGUCCAUUUCGCUACACACACCCGGAGACGAAGCCAUCGCGCUCUACGCUCUCCUUUCUGCAACAUCUGAGCCUCGACCACGGGUUCCACAACCGAACAACGACCAUCCGGCAAAAUGUCCGACCAACUAGCGGAUCAGUUGAAAGCUACUAGUCUGAGCUCAGGCCCGGAAGACUGGAAAAAGGGACUUAACCUACCUGCCAGGGACACAAGACAACAGACCGAGGAUGUUACAAACACGAGGGGUCUGGAUUGGGAAGACUUCAUACACGACAGGGAUCUCUUGAUGGGCAUUUUCGAGGCUGGCUUCGAGAAACCGUCCCCGAUUCAGGAAGAAGCGAUCCCCGUUGCCCUCACCGGCCGAGACAUCCUCGCACGCGCAAAGAACGGCACCGGCAAGACCGCCGCUUUCGUCAUUCCCGCCCUCAACAAGAUCAACCCUAAGGUCUCCAAGAUCCAAUGCCUUAUUCUCGUUCCCACCCGUGAGCUUGCCAUGCAGACAUCCCAAGUCUGCAAGACGCUCGGCAAGCAUCUCGGCAUCAACGUCAUGGUGACAACCGGCGGAACUGGCCUGCGGGACGACAUUGUGCGUCUGCAGGACCCCGUACACAUCGUCGUCGGAACACCAGGUCGUAUCCUCGAUCUAGCUGGCAAGCAGGUGGCCGAUCUCAGCGAGUGCCCAAUGUUCAUUAUGGACGAGGCUGAUAAGCUCCUGUCGCAAGAGUUUACCCCCGUCAUUGAGCAGCUCCUGCAGUUCCACCCCAAGGAUCGUCAGGUCAUGCUGUUCUCCGCCACUUUCCCUCUUUCGGUCAAGGAUUUCUCGGACAAGAACAUGACUAGCCCGUACGAGAUCAACCUCAUGGACGAGCUUACGCUCCGCGGUAUCACUCAAUACUAUGCCUUUGUUGAGGAGAAGCAAAAGGUUCACUGCCUCAACACUCUGUUUUCCAAGCUGCAGAUCAACCAGUCCAUCAUUUUCUGCAACUCUACCAACCGCGUCGAACUGCUUGCCAAAAAGAUCACUGAGCUUGGAUACUCGUGCUUCUACAGUCAUGCCAAAAUGGCUCAGCAGGCGAGAAACCGUGUCUUCCACGACUUCCGCAACGGUGUUUGCCGCAACCUGGUCUGCUCGGAUCUCCUCACCCGCGGUAUUGACAUUCAGGCAGUGAACGUUGUCAUCAACUUCGAUUUCCCCAAGAACGCCGAGACGUACCUCCACCGUAUUGGUCGUUCUGGUCGUUAUGGUCACCUUGGUCUUGCUAUUAACUUGAUCAAUUGGGAUGACAGAUUCAACCUUUACAACAUUGAGCGCGAUCUUGGUACAGAGAUCCAGCCCAUUCCUCAGACCAUUGACAAGAGCCUCUACGUGUACGAGAACCCUGAAUCGAUUCCCCGGCCCAUCUCGACCUUCAAGCCUAUUGCCCAGCAGCCGCAACAGCAAUUGCAGCAAUCGCAAAGGCCUCAACAGUCUCAACAGCAACAGCAUUUCUCAACACAGACACAGCCGUCAAACCAGCUCCCGCCUCAACAGGGCAACCAACAACUUGGCUUCAAUCCUCAAGCUCAACAGCCUCACAGACCCAUCCCCCAGGCCCAGGGUGAUUGGCAAGGGCAAAACGGUCGCCAAAAUGGCACAGGUGCUUCCAACAACCAACCCAGACCCACCAACUACCAGAACAAUCGCGGGCAGCCCGGUAGCAGCCGCGGAGGUCGUGGACGUGGUUUCCAGGGCCAGGGAGGCCGUCAGAACCAGAACUACGGUGGUCAGCGCGGUCCUCGUACCCAAGGUCAGGGCCAGCCUCAGGGUCCACUGUCUGCCCAGUAGGGUAAACUCUCCCAACAAGUUUUGGAAGGAGGGGGAUAUGUGGUAAUGUGAGGAGGUGUGCGACCAUGCAUCGCUUCCACGUUGUUUUGUCUUUGAAUUGUACAUAUUAGUCGUCCUUUUUUUUCGGCCAUCUCUUUCUGUUCCUCCCGAACUGUGAAUGGGCUACCAUGACGGCAAGUGUUGUCCCUCGGCCUGUCAGGUUUGCGUUUACGCUACGGCAGACUCGUCUAUCACACUCUUUCUGCCGACCCUGCAAACAGUUCAACGACAUGCACGGAACUGUACUACGACACAUUCUCUUUUGGAGUUUGCCCCAUUUCAAGGAUUUUUCGAUACGGUCCAGCUUCAUCCUGUUCGCAUUCACGGCUUACAACGCUUCGGCAUGGGCGCGGAGUCUUGGGUGGUGUGGGGUUUAUACGUCUUUGUUGGCUUCAUGGCGGAAGCGGCUUUAUACUCCAUGAGGCGCUGCGAGAUUUCUUUUUCCUCCAUUGAAACGCUUCCCAUCCCUUAUACCCAACACAGUUCCUCGUUCCUCGGAUUUCCAGCCAAUUUCACCUCUCGAUCAAGACACACGCGAGCAGAUCAUUUUCUCAUUUUGGCUCUCACAUUUUCAUCAGUUGAUGAUCACACGACUCAAUAACAUUGGCUCUACAGGCGGAUCAGGCUCUAUGGAUCACAAAAAGGUGCGCACGCAAAACUCAAUACAUGACGGAUGGACGGGCUUUUUGUCAUGGCUGGCGGUUUCACAGUUAUUUCGUGUUAACGGAGGAGGGGUCGUGUUUUGUUCGUUUUGGUAUGGUGGGCUCACAUAAACGGCGUUAUGGGUUCGGAUUUUGGACGGCGCGUGGCGUGAUGGUCAGCCAGGGUCAGCUGGCUACAGUUGAUCAUGGCUUGGAACGGAUACCAUUUUUAGGUUGCGCCUCGCGGGUUGUCGUUUUCUUUUUUUUCAAAUAUUUGGACGACUUGGGGAGGGGAGGGGAGGUAUGGAUUUUGAGAGCGAUCUGCAGUGUGCUAGAUGCAUAGUGGCGGAAGGAGAUAUCGACAUAUAGAUGGUUUGUCGACGCUUUGCAGGACUGGCGGCUGUCUGCACCGUGAUGAGACGGGUGGCCAGGAACGGCUUGAACGCGAUUUGGUCCUCACUCGAGCAAGAAUUGGUGGUGACGUCGUAGGAUGGUCACGCACUGGUUCUUUGCCGAUGGAGGAAGCGAACUGGGAAGGAAUGGUACAGCGGAAGGAAGGAUUGGAGGAUGUUUGAGGGGUGGGAGGAUGAGACAAACAUUCAUCUCGACAGUUGGAGUUGACGGGAGCGGGGAUGAGUGGAUGUUCAGUUGUGGUUGCGAAGGCUAUGUUUGGUGUUCGUUCGGGAGGCUACAUCCAGCGCCAUCCACAUAGCUGGCUGUCCGGCGAACCUUGUGGCAAUGCAACCAUGACACUGCUGCACGACGCAAAAUCCCUGCCGCAAGAUUGUUUAGCCGUUGCUCAUGCACCGCCUUUGCCCUUGUCCGGCCUGUGGUGUUUGUGGACGGCUGGCAUCCGCCAUUGUGGAAAGGAGGCAUUUUUGGAUUUCAUCAAUCCGUAUGCCACGACAACAACCAUCACCUCCGGAGCCUUGGUACGAAUCAGAAGUCAUUGGCUCAGGCACGACGUGCAAGGGUGCCACCGCUCUACGAGGCAUCGAGAGGCCGGAUGAGAAAAAGAGAUGAAAACCACGAUAAAACAACUGGAAAGGAAGAAAAGAAGGGGGAGACAGCCCAUCAGAUGGACACGAUUUGAUGAUCACGGAUAUGCGACCUGGCGAGCAUGGACCGUGACGAUUGGUGGACCUCUGGACAAGGUAGAUAGCAUAAGAUGUGCACAUGAAUGUUAUCUUUUGUCUCU